AACUGAAAUUGAAUAAUAGAAAAAAAGAUUGUAACGCCACUGUGUCUUCUAUCUCUCUCUCUUCCAUUCAGUGCCACGCCGCCAUCAAGAAGUAACAAUGGCUGAAGCUUUUACAAGUUCCACCUUCACUAACCUCCACAUCCCUUCUUUUUCCAAUCACUCGCCUAAGCAGAUUUCAGGACCAAAUCAUGGAUAUUGGCUAUCUAGGAAAGUGAAUGAGAAGAGGGAAAAAAAUCUGAUGAUGAGAGGAAGCUUAUGUGUAAGAAAGGCAUUGCCACAUGAUUUGCCAUUAAUGGCUGUGAUGGUCCAACAGAUUGAAGGGAUGCGUGAUAUCAUUACUGAGAAACACGUGUGGCAUCUAAGUGAUAAAGCCAUCAAGAAUGUUUAUAUGUUCUAUAUCAUGUUCACUUGUUGGGGAUGUUUGUACUUCGGUUCCGCAAAAGAUCCAUUCUAUGACUCGGAGGAGUACCGUGGAGAUGGAGGUGAUGGAACUGGUUAUUGGGUCUACGAAACUCAAGAAGACAUAGAAGAGAAAGCAAGAGCAGAGCUAUGGCGUGAAGAACUUAUUGAAGAAAUUGAACAGAAAGUUGAUGGCAUAAGAGAGCUAGAAGAAGCUGUUACUAAGUAGAAAACUAACUUGUAAAUCAUAUACCAAUUUGACAUACACAUAUAUAUAUAUAUAUAUUUCUUAUAACGGUCAUAAAACAUUAUUAUACUCUCUUCCAUUUUAUAUAACAAAGUUAUCUG